AGCGCCAGCAGCGCGCCAAAUAAUUACGAAUUUGAAUUUAAACUUUUGAAAAUAUUUCCUUUACUUAAAAAAAAUGGAGCAGUGUUUUGUUAUAGUGCUCGUAGCUUUGACUUUAACUUGUUCUGAGGGAGAUGUAGUGCGGGAUACUAGAGGAGUAUUCACAAAGAAUUUCUUUGGUGGGGUAUGGGGCAACCGACCUCCUUUGAUGGAAAUGAACUUACCCAAAACCACGUGCACUUGCAAGUGUGGUGAGCGGAACGAAGUGUCCCGCGUCGUGGGAGGCGACGAGGCAGGCAUAGACGAGUUCCCCUGGAUGGCAAAACUGACUUAUUUCAAGAAGUUCUACUGUGGAGGAAUGCUUAUCAAUGACCGAUAUGUGCUUACUGCUGCUCAUUGUGUCAAAGGGUUUAUGUGGUUUAUGAUAAAAGUGACAUUCGGCGAACACAACCGCUGUAACGCAACAGUGCGACCCGAAACUCGUUUCGUGCUCCGAGCUAUAGCCAACAAGUUCACCCUUUCUAACUUCGACAACGACAUCGCUCUGUUGCGGCUGAAUGAGCGGGUGCCCAUAUCUGAUGCCAUUAAGCCUAUUUGCUUACCUAGCAAUGACGAUAACCUCUACGUAGGAGUAAAAGCCGUGGCAGCUGGCUGGGGUACUCUUACAGAAGAAGGAAAGGUGUCGUGCACUCUGCAGGAAGUGGAAGUACCAGUUCUCAGCAAUGAAGAAUGUAGGAACACCAAGUAUACUGCCUCUAUGAUCACGGAUAACAUGUUGUGUGCUGGAUAUCCGAAGACGGGUCAAAAGGAUUCAUGUCAGGGCGACAGCGGCGGACCGCUCGUAACUGAGAGAAAGCACGACAAGAGAUACGAACUGAUAGGUGUCGUUUCCUGGGGAAACGGCUGCGCGAGAGUAGGCUACCCGGGUGUCUACACCAGAGUCACCAAUUACCUAGAAUGGAUCAGAGAAAAUACUCAAGAUGCUUGUUAUUGGAUUGAGGGGCUGACGAUAAGGGCAGAUGCGUACAUGCCACCAGCUUCCGAAGCACCCAACAUGAGAUUUGGCUAUGAAUUAACUCCGUCUUGCCAAAAUUGUGGCUGUGGCCAACGCAACGAAGGUGGCAGAGUGGUAGGUGGUAGUCCCACGACACACAACGCUUAUCCAUGGUUGGCGCGGCUGAUCUACCACAAGUCCUUCGGUUGUGGGGCUUCGCUUAUCAACGACAAGUAUGUAAUUUCUGCUGCGCAUUGCGUUAAAGGAUUCAUGUGGUUCAUGUUCAAAGUCACAUUUGGCGAGCACGACCGCUGCGAUCGUCCUGACAAGCCAGUAACCCGAUGGGUGACAAAAAUCAUCGCCCACAACUUCACCAUGACUUUGCUCACCAAUGACAUUUCAUUGAUAAAGUUGAACGAGCCUGUGAUGUAUUCUCAUGUUAUCCGACCUGUGUGUUUACCUAGAUAUCCAGGACAGCUUUACACUGGGGAACUAGCAACAGUUGCAGGAUGGGGUGCAACAAAAGAAACCGGAAACUGGUCAUGUACUCCUCGCGAGACCGAAUUGCCAGUGCUUAGUAAUGAACUUUGCCAGCGCACUAAUUACAAUGCAUCCAAAAUCAAAGACGUCAUGCUGUGUGCCGGAUAUCCUGAAACGGCACAUAAGGAUGCAUGUACGGGCGAUAGCGGAGGGCCAUUGAUUAUCAGAACGGAAAGUCGAUCAUAUGAGUUAAUAGGUAUCGUGUCUUGGGGAUAUGGAUGUGCAAGAAAAGGCUACCCUGGAGUUUACACAAGAGUCACAGAGUAUAUUGACUGGAUAAGGGAGAAUACAGCAGACGCAUGUUAUUGCGCACAUUAACUAGAACAAUUAAGAAUGUUUUUGUAUUGUUAGUUCCCUGAAACCAAGCUCAUAAAUAAAAUAAGGGAAAAUAGUUUUUUGAACCUAUUUAUAUAUAAAGGGUUAUUUGUAAAAUGCUAACAAUCU